ACUAAUUUUUGUUCUUCAAUCUCAAUCCUCAGAAUCAAACUAUCCAAAACCCCAAUGCGAUUUUCCCUCCUUCCCAAGCUAUACCAUUCACCUGCACUUCGACUUCUUCCACCUUUUUAUCGCCGAAUACGCUUCAACUAUAUGUCAACUGAUUUACCGGAACCAAAGCCCUCUAUCACUGCUGCUGAAAAAGUCCAGAAAUUUCAGCAAGUUUUUCACUCCAGCCCCGCCGAUAGUUGGGACAAAUGCUGGGACGAAGGUCUGACGCCUUGGGAUUUGGGGAACCCUACCCCAGUUCUUGUACACCUUCACAACACUGGAUCACUUCCAAAGGGUAGAGCUCUUGUUCCUGGCUGCGGCAGUGGUUAUGAUGUAGUGGCAAUGGCGUGUGCCGAGCGUCAUGUUGUAGGUCUGGAUGUAUCAGACAUUGCCAUUAAGAAAGCAAUAGAAUUGUCGUCUGGCUCACCAAAUGCACAGCACUGUACUUUCUUAAAGACAGACUUCUUUACUUGGUGUUCGGAUCAGCUGUUUGAUCUCAUUUUUGAUUAUACGUUUUUCUGUGCCAUCGAACCCGAGCUAAGAUCAUUAUGGGCCAAGAAAAUGUCUAACCUUCUGAAACCGGAUGGGGAGCUCAUAACACUAAUUUAUCCAAUAGAUGACCAUGAGGGCGGCCCUCCAUUUAAAGUAUCAGUUGCCGAUUAUGAAGAGGCAUUGCAUCCUGUUGGUUUCGAAGCAACACAGAUUUCAGAGAACGAGCUGGCCAUUGCUCCUCGAAAGGGACGAGAGAAACUAGGGAGAUGGAGAAGAUCUCUACACCAUGCCUCGCUUUGAUCAUGCACUGCAGAUAAACACCAUUUUUUCGGGAUAAAGAUCCAUAUAUUGUACUACUUCGCCUCUCUAUCUUGUUUCGGUUGUUUCAGUCAUAAAAAAGGCAAUCUUUGAUGAAACAUAUUCUAAAAAGUUAUUUCCAGAUUUAACAUACUAUUGUAACGAUCAAGGUCAAAUUUUUGGCUGUUGUAUGCUCAAGUGUUGUAAUUAAUAUGUUUGCAGCAAGGUCAGAAGCUCCCCAUCGCUUUCUA